GGAGGUGGGGCCGGCAAAAUGAAAAGUGAAACCAAGUGGACACUGCUCCCAGCAUAAAAGAGCAGCCAAACCAGACAGAGGCAGUCACCACACCUCAUCAGCCCCUGCAGGUGCUGACAGGAAGAACAAGCUCAGCCAAUCAGCCUUCAGAGAGACAAAGAGACGACCUCGCAAGCUAAGCAACCAGACAUGGCUCCGUGGGGUGACCCCAAGCUCUUCUUCUGCACCCUCUUCAUCACCUGCUGCUGCUGCACAGUGACACUGGCUCAGAUACCCAUGGACUGCUGCUUGAGUGUCGGUCACAAAACAAUUGAUAAAUCUAAAGUGGCAGACUAUCGUCGACAGAUCAGCGGACAUGGCUGCUCUAUUGAUGCCAUGAUUUUAAUGACCAGACGUGGCAUGAAACUCUGUGUGCCCGCUGACAAACCAUGGAUCCAAGAGGUGGUGAAGCAUGUGGACACCUUGAAGAUUAUAUGCAAGAAAUACCACUACAAGGGCAAACGCUGCGUUGGAGUGAAGCCUGAGUAAAAGAGAGGGCGACCCCUUCAGCAACAACAGCAGCAGCAGCAGAGCCGGAGUGAACCACUGCAAGUCAGCGGGGAGAAGGGAUGGAUCAAACCAAUGAAUAAACAAAAAAUUCAUGGGGAAUCCUAGGACUACAGAGCGCUUUUUUCUGUAUUUUCUAAAAUUACGUUUGAGACACAAUGAACAUAAAACGUUUUGAAGGAUUUUUAUAUGUACAUAUAUUUUUUAAAUGAUAUUUCUGUUUUAGAAGACCAGGAUUUCUGGAAGAAAUAUAAGAGUAUAAAAUGUGAAAGCUGUAAGAGUAAGUAGCUAACUAAACUAACUCUGAACUACUCCGGCAGGGGCAGGAUGUUUGUUGUAUGAAUUUAUUUGAUUGUUGACUUUCUUCAAAAUAAAGCCAUGUUUUUUUCAAAUCC